CACUACGACACGGAGAGCUGUGGAUGGGGAGCAGAGGAGGCGGCUUUAAGACGUUUGACUCUAUUUGGAAUUGUCUGGAUCACAGAUGAACAAAGUUUUUUUUUUCUUUUCUCCUUCUUCUCUGUUCUUACUCACUCGGCAGCUCACUGGCGCGCUGCGUCCUCAGAGAGCCCAGAGCAGGAUGGGUGCUCUCCUUACGCACGGCAUGUUCUUAUGGAUUUUGUUCUGUGCGGGAAUAACAGCAGUCUGCGGUUCAAAUGUGUGCACUUCCAGAGGAGCCAGCACAUGUAAGCAGUGUCUGGCUGUUCACCCAAGCUGCGCAUGGUGCUUCCAAGAGGACUUUGGCCAAGGGGUCGCCGACUCAUCCCGCUGUGAUCUGAAGGCCAACCUGGUGGCAGCAGGAUGCGCAACAUCAGCUCUGGAGUCUCCAACCAGCAAACUGCAGGUGAUCGAGGACCGGCCGCUCAGCAACAAGGCGGCAGGAGCAGCACAGGUCACUCAGAUAAAACCACAGAAACUGCACAUCACCCUCAGGCCAGAUGAUGCCAAGCGCUUCACAGUGAAGGUGCGUCAAGUGGAGGACUACCCCGUCGAUCUGUACUACCUCAUGGAUCUCUCCUACUCCAUGAAUGAUGACCUCUUCCGCCUGAGGACGCUGGGCAGAGGCCUGGCCGAGGCCAUGAACCGAACCACCAGCAACCUGCGCAUGGGCUUUGGUGCGUUUGUGGACAAGCCGCUCUCGCCUUAUAUGUACAUUUCACCCAAAGAGGCUGUGAAGAACCCCUGCUACAGCAUUAAUACCACCUGCUUACCUCAGUUUGGCUACAAACACGUUCUCUCUCUGACGGAGGAGGUCGGUCGCUUCACAGAAGAAGUAAAGAAGCAGAUGGUGUCCAGGAACCGAGAUGCCCCCGAGGGAGGCUUUGAUGCCAUCAUCCAGGCUGCUGUGUGCAAGGAGCAGAUUGGCUGGCGACCUGGUGCAUCCCACCUCCUCAUCUUCACCUCAGACGCUAAGACUCACGUCGCUCUGGACGGUCGUCUGGCUGGAAUCGUGCAGCCGAAUGACGGACGGUGUCACCUCAGCUCUGACAACAUGUACAGCAUGUCGACCACCAUGGAUUACCCAUCUCUUGCUCUCAUCACAGAGAAAAUGUCGGAGAACAACAUCAACCUCAUCUUUGCAGUCACCAACCCUGUGGUUCCUCUCUACCAGAACUACAGUGAGCUGAUUCCUGGCACCACAGUGGGAACUCUGUCCAACGACUCGGGCAACGUUAUUCAGCUCAUUCUGAAGGCCUAUGCUAAAAUCCGUUCCAAGGUGGAGCUGGAGCUUCAGGAUGUUCCAGAGGAGCUGUCUCUGUCCUUUAAUGCCACUUGCCUGAAUGGAGAGCUCAUCCCAGGCCUCAAGUCCUGCUCUGGCCUCAAAAUAGGAGAUACGGUCUCCUUCAGUGUGGAGGCUCGUGCUCGCGGUUGCCCCAAACAAAAAAAGAAAACCUUUGUCAUCAAACCCGUGGGCUUCAAGGACUCCCUCUCCAUCACCGUCACCUUCGAGUGCGACUGCAAGUGCCAGGCCAAAGCUCAGCCCAGCAGCCCCAAAUGCAGCCAAGGCAACGGCACCUAUGAGUGUGGGAUCUGCCAGUGCUACCCGGGUCGCCUCGGGCCGCACUGCGAGUGUGCAGAGGGCGACUAUAAUCCCACCGAGCAGGACCGCUGCAGCGGACCUGCAGGCACCGGAGGGCCUCAGUCAGCGAUCUGCAGCGGAAGAGGAGACUGUGUGUGUGGCCAGUGUGUCUGCCACAGCAGCGACUUUGGAAAAGUCUGGGGGAAACUGUGCGAGUGUGACGACUUCAACUGUCUGCGCUACAAAGGAGAACUCUGCUCAGGUCACGGUGUCUGUAACUGUGGCUUCUGCCAGUGUGCACCCGACUGGCAGGGUGAGAACUGUAACUGCUCCAGACGGACUGACACCUGUAUGUCCAACCUGGGUCUGCUGUGCAGCGGGAGAGGCCAGUGUAUCUGUGGGGCCUGUGAAUGCACACAACCAGGAGCCUACGGGGCAACAUGUGACAAGUGCCCCACCUGCCCCGACGCCUGCACCAUGAAGAAAGAGUGUGUGGAGUGUAAGCACUUCAAGAGAGGCAGGCUGUUUGAGGACAACACCUGCUCCCGAAUCUGCAAGGAUGAGAUCAUGCUUGUGGAUGAAUUAGUGCUCCACGACACAAAUGCUGUGAACUGCACUUACAAGGACGAGGAUGACUGUGUUGAACGUUUCCAGUACUACGAGGAUGCCAGUGGCAAAUCCAUCCUGUUUGUUGUCAAAGAGCCAGACUGCCCCAAGGGUCCAGACAUUUUGGUGGUACUUCUGUCGGUGGCAGGAGCCAUCUUGUUCCUCGGCCUGGCGGCUCUGCUUAUCUGGAAGCUGCUGGUUACCAUCCAUGACAGGCGGGAGUUUGCCAAGUUUGAGGAAGAACGUGCUCGCGCCAAGUGGGACACAGGGCACAAUCCUCUUUACAAAGGAGCCACAUCUACCUUCACAAACAUCACAUACAGAGGAAAAGACUGAUGCUACUGAACAAAGACGAAAGGAUGAAAUAAUGGACUUUUAAGCAUCCUUUGUGAGAAGGCAACGAAUCAUGUGCAGGCUUCUACUGUCACAAGACAAUAAUUAAUAAUUAUUUGUUUGUAAAUAUGUAGAAAUGAUUCCGAGGACACCUUUUAUCAGGGAUUUUGUCAUAAGCACCCACCAAUACUACACUGACAAAUACUGUUUUUGUGUGAUUGACUGAGAUUCGUUUUGUUGUGCAGGUCAGAAUAAAGGUUUGGUUCACCCCAA